GCAACGUCGUGGGCCAGGUAUAAGACGCUGGCGGCCGCCUCGCUCAACAUUCUCGCCCCAGCAGCCGCCUGUGUGAUACGCACCCGCUAGCACCACCAUGUCGUCCAGCCGAUACGCCCGGGUCCUCCUCUCCGGGGCCGCGGUAAUUAGGAACACCGCCAGGCUCCAGACGCGCCGGCAGAGCCACACCUGUGCCCACAGCCGCAGCCUCACCCUGGCGGCCGCGGCGCGCCAGCAGCAGGCCUUCGAGGAGGCUGUGCAUCCCGGCAGUGGAGUGAUGACCGCCACCACCGGCAGCGACGCCCUCCACCUCCAGUUCUUAGACGGCCGGACCAGCGCCAUCCCCUACAGCUUCCUCAGGGACCACUGCAGGUGCCGCAGGUGCCGCUCCCUCCUUACCCCCAGCAUUAACUCUCAUUUCCAGCCAGCUGUGCACCCCGAAAUCAUUCAGAGCAACGUGCUGGGCGUCGUGAUUGACUGGAGCGACGGCCACAUCAGCAAGUACUCCGGCGAGUGGCUGCACAACGCGGCCCACGACAUCAGCUUCAGCCUCAGCUGAAGGACCUGUCGCUCCUCUGCAGCGUUGUCCAGCAGCCUCUUCGGGCGCGCCCGUUGCAGCACUGCAAGCAGGAUAUUUCAAGACUAGAGUCCCGCAGGACACGGUCCACAGCUUGGUGUUUUAUGUAAUUCGUUGUUCUGAUGAUUGGGUGUGGCGGGGCCACACACGACCCGCCGCCCCUGUGUUCCACCGCAAGCCAACUUCCCUCACCUGCUGAGCCGCCCCGCGCUUGGCUUCUUCACCUAUAUAUAAUCUGUGCGGGAAGAGGAGGAAGGGCACCGAGCCGCGCGGGGAAGGGGACACCUGCCCGCGAGGCUGGCGAUGCCCGUAGGCAUACACCUGGUGGUGAGGAGGGCCAGACCCACACCCUCCGGCAGGGCCACGAGCUGCAGCCGCUGCCGCCGCCACCACCGCUAACACCACCACACACACGCCUCCUCCUUUGGCACUUAGUUGCAGGAACACGCCUGCCAUUUGUUAUGAGACGGAAUGGCUAUCACUUAUGUACAUGAUGAUAAUAAACUAGUUUUUUGUA